GCGGUUUGCUCACCCGCCGGUGCUCCCUGAUGGUCAAGAGGACGCCCGGCACUGGGAAGGGCGGCGGCGGCGGCGGCGGCGGCGGCGGCGGUCCCGCCGAGAAGAAGCUCCAGACCAACAAGAAGGGAACCUUCAUCUUCACCAAGGUGGCUGACGGCCUCUUCGUGCAGCACAAGUGGGGCGCCAACUCGGGGCAGAUUGGCAUCCCGAACGAGUCACUAAAAGAGUUUGCGCAGCUGGUGCUCUCGAUGAGCGGGAAGGGCGGCGGCGGGAAGGGCGCGGCGAAGCCGGCGUCCAAGGGCGUGGCCAAGAAGGAGAAGAAGAAGAAGGAGCCCGAGAAGAAGCCCACGGCGGAGGAGCUCGACGCAGACCUCGGCGCCUACACCUCCGGCCGCGGAGGAGUGGAGGAGGCGCCUGCCCCGGCAGCGGAGGCGGCCGCGUAGGGCUAUCGACCGCGGCCGGGCAACCGGAUGGUGCAUGUCUCUCCCGGCCCGCCCUCUCUGCGGGUGGGCGGUCAACGUGUGGGUUGUGUUGGGCGCUGUGCUUGAGUCGCGCGUCAAACAGAUAUUUUAUAUUUUUCUUUUUCAUCCACACACAUACUUUGUGUCAAGAAAACACAAAC